AUGGCCUCUCAAAAGUUCAAGAUGCUGCCAAUAGACAUGCUUGAGGCUCAAUUGUCAACAAUUGAUCUCCUCGCGGCGAUGUUCCUACACCCAGGAGAGUUGGAAAUUUCUGAUUCAACAACAGAAUGCGUCAAGAGACUUCAAGACUGGUGCCAGGAUCCAAAUUCUCCAGCUCCAACAGUACCUUCAAGCGUAUUUUUCGCUGUUUUCCUACCGAUUCAGGAUGGCCAAAAGAAAAUUCAAGUCAAUAUUUCCGUCCCACUUCAGUGUGAGGACCCGGAGACCAUUGACCAGCCACCCUCAUUAAGCUACUCACUUCGGCAACCGGCCUGGAUGUCGAAAGCCGAAAUGUCUGAACUUGCAGCCUCAAUACCACAAGAAGAUGUCCUGGAGGCAUUCGAAUAUAUCCAAGCCGGAGCAAGUCGCUUUCUUGAAAACAAGCACUCCCAAGCACCAGCGGCGGAGACAAGCUCAGAAUCCAGCUCUGCCAAGUCAAUUGUUAGAGUCUGGUUUUAUUUCCCUUCCCUUUCAACUCGGAAGAAGAGAAAUGAUAUGGUCAACCUAGCGCCGGAACAUUCUUUGACGGGUUUUGUUUUAGCGGGCAAGCCAGGUGUACUCUGUCUUGAGGGAGUCUCUUCGGAUAUUGAUGCCUACAUGAGUUUUAUUAAAACCCAUUCCUGGGGAGACAUCCCGAGUCAUCAGAAGAAGGUCAGUGAGAGAUUCAGAGAAACGGAAAGUAUUCAGAGGGUUUUUUCAGGGAUGGAAGAAAUAACGGACUCCCUUGGUGAAAGAGGUGGCCAGCGGGCCAACCGUGGUGAUAUGCAGGCCUUGGAAGCAUGGCUGAGAGCAAGAGGUUUACAAGAGGCAUUCGAAAAAGUCAUAUUCUAA